AUGAAAGAAGAGACGAAAAAGUGUUUAAAAGAGUUCAACUUUGAAAUUACGCUGAAUCAAAGAGUUUUCGCAAAAAACUGCUGACUCCAAAACAUUUGUUUCAAAAAACUGCUAUGCCCUAAUGAAAAGCAAAAAAUUUUGCCGAUUAUCAAUAAAAUCAAGAUCUUCGAAAAUGCAUUGCAAACUAUUUCAAAUCUAAACCAUACCCUCAAGAAAAGAAAUUCCAAUUCUACUGAAAAAAUAAUAAUAAGCAGCCAAAACAAUUUAAAAGACCUGAAGGAAAAAACCCCAAAAAAUCUUAUGAUCGGUACCUUUAAAAGGGUGCAGGUCAAAUGACUUUGCCUUUUGAUAGUGUCCUUUUCACUGAAAAAUUUUGGCCGAAAAUUGAUCGAAAAUUUUUGAUAGUGAGACAUUUGACCGAAAAAACCUUAAUUUUCGGCCAAAUGUCCGCACUAUCAAAAAUUUUCGACCAAAUGGAUUUCGAUGAAAUGCACAGUGUCAAAAAUCCACGGUCGUUUGACAUGAGCCCCUUUAAAAAUAAAUAUCACAAUUGCCCAUCAAAUCAGGAGCUCAAUCUAUCAACUUGCGCAAUACCAACAACUCUAAUUGACAUUAAGCUAGCAAAAAAGAUUGUUUCGGACUUAAAAAACUGGAAAACAAUUCAUGCGUUUAAGAAAUCUUAUUUUAACCAAAUAAACUUGUCAGAUUUAAGAAACAUCACCAUGCAUCUUCAAUGCUUUUCGUCAGAAGAGCUUCAAGACAGCUUAUAUAAAAUCAUGCUCUUAUCAAGAGAGCACGAUGAUAUUUCUUUGGCCUCUAGCAAUGCUGCAACAAUGUUAAAAUUGAUAGGAUUCUCAUUUAAUUGCAGGUUUUUGCAAGGGAUCAAAAUUCCAUUUGCUGAUUUAACUCGUGGAGCUUUUAUUUAUACUGACUUUUCUAAUUGUGAUUUAUCUUACACUGACUUUCUUCCAUCGUUAAUUGCUUCAUCCAAUUUUAGCAAUUCCAAGAUCCAGAGCCAGGCUCCUUUCGAAGCAUUAUUCCUUUCAUCAUCAGAAAAAAUUUCUGAGGUAAUAGUUUCCAAAUGCAGCAAAUAUUUUGUUACAAUUAGCGAGCCAGAGAAAUUAGAUGACGAGGAUGAGUUAUACGUAAAAAAUUUUAAAUUAUUUUCUAUGUUGACAAUGGAACAAGUCAUCACUCUUGGGCUAUGGGUUCAGAAGAGCUACGAAACUGUUACAAAGUUCUCUUAUGACUCAAAUUUGAUUUUUAUAAACAUAAGAGACUCAUUUAACUCAGAAGUCAGAGUGUGGGAUUUUAAUAGAAAUACUGUCAAUAAAUUAAAUAUUGAGUCCUCACCAAUUCCAUCCAAAAUAUUAGCAAUCAAUGAAGAAAUGCUUGCAUAUUACUAUACAGAUUACAUUUUUAUAAAAAAACUGCCUUCUCUGCAGCUCAUUGAAAAAAUACUUAUUUUCCAUGGUUUGCUUUUAGAUAGAAUCAUUUUUUCAUCAUGCUCUAAUUACCUUUUAUGAAGCGCAGUUGGGAAGAUCACAAUUUGAUCGACAAAGUCAAUAUCAUUAUAUAAAAAUAUUACAAUUUCAUCAGGAAGACCCUUCUCAUUACAAGGGAAAUUUCUUAUAAUUGAAAAAAAUAACUAUAUGUACCAAAUGUGAAACAUUGAAAAAGAAGAGCCCUUUUUACAAUUUAAAGCUGUUCAAAUGAGCUAUUGCACCAUACCCUCAAGUGGCAAAUACUUACUUAUUUUUUCUCCUCAAAAAUUCGGGCUGAUUGAAAUCGAAAAUCAGCGUAUGGCAAUAUUAUACUUUAGAAAUGGUAAUUUACCAUAUAAAAAUAAUAAAAUAAUGGGAAGGGUAUAUGAUUCAGGAAUUAUAUCAGGAUGCAAAGCAAGCAAACCUUUUAAAAACUUGCAUUAUAAUUUAAAGCUAGACUUCAAUGAAAAUGAUGCAUUUAAUUCAGUUUCAUCAAAUAUUACUGCUUGUGGGCAAAUGCUUGUCAUUUUUUCAGCUUAUUAUGGGAAAAUAAAAUUGUGAAAUGCAAAGCAGAGAAACUGGUGAAUUGAUUAUGAUGUUUCUAAAUUUAAUGCAAGGCAUUAUGAACUCUCUGGAAAUUUAAUUGCAUGCAUAGGUACGGAAAUAAGCCAAUCAGGAAUUAUGGAUACGAUAAAGAUUAUUGAUGUAAAAGAAGGAAAGAUUAUAAAGACUGUUCAAACAAGUAUUGAUUGUGUCAAAGGGCUCUUUAAAGGAUGCAAGAUGGGCAUGUAUCUCUAAACAGAUCUCUAUAAAAAAAAAACUUACUUUUUAAGAAAUUUAUUUAAAAUUUUGCUAUUAAAUGCUUUUGGAGGAAGAUUGCCUAUUUUAUGAGCUUCUUUGCACACAGAUAGUAACAUUAUUUAAUGUAAUUAAUACUUAUUUUAGUUCUUUCAGUGACUAAUAAAAUAUAUUAAAAAUAUUAAAAUCGUUUUUUCUGAGACAGCUUUUUUUAUUUAUUGACAUAGCAAUUCUCUUUUUUUAUUAAGAGAAGCUUUUAUUUAUUUUUAAUAUACUCCAAAUGAAUUUGCAAGCUACUUAUAGCGUCAUUUUGAUAUUAUAUGAUGUAGUCAGCACUUAUUUCGAGCGCAUAUAAGUUGCGUAUUUUACCGACUUAACAGUAUUAUAGUUUACGCAGCUACAAUUUUUUUCAGGAGCUUAAAAUUGCUUUUACCGUUAAAUUUAAUAGUUUUUUACUCCUUAUUAUAACUUACUUGGAAUAAUUAACGAUUUCUCAUCGAUGUGAAACGGUGAAUUUUUUUUUUAUUGAAAUAUUGGUUUUCUUUAUCCUAUGCACCUUGUAUCUCUUAAAUCUACAAAAGCCGUGUCAAAGUUAAAAUUUCUCAGUGUUUAAGGGAAAUUUGUGUUAUUUCCAGGCAAGAAAAUUUUUAUCUAUUUAGUAUAGACUCAGGAGGCUUAAUUCAAUUUUUAGAAAUAAAUGAUGGCGAAGAUGAAGAUUUCAAAAUUUAUUUUUCGUCAUUUGUGAAUGAUAUGUUUAUAUUUUAUACUUCUUAUGAGUCUUUAGUUAUUUGAGAUAGGAAAAGUAGUAAUGUUGCUGACUGCAAAAUUUAUAAAAUCAGAAAUCUAAGAAAUGAAAUGAUUGGAUCGAGCAGCGGUAAUUGAUUAGGCUUUCCAAAUGUUCUAAAUAAUUCGGCAAUAUAUCUUUUUAACUGAAAAGAAAAAAACUUAACUCCAAGCAAAAAAAAAACAUUAUUCAAAGAAUUUUAAUAUAAUUUUUUUUUAUAAUAUAUAUAUUUAUAUAGAGUUUUUAAAAUAAAAAAUUAGCCCCUUUCUAAGAGUGAAUUAAAAAUUCUUGUACUCUUAAAGAGGGAGUAAAGAAACUGCUUUAUAAUGAAAACUCAAAAAAUUAUUUAUAUACGAAAAUUUGCUUUUCAACCUGCGAAAAUUACCUACUCCCUUGUCAUUGAUCUACUGACUCAUUAGAAAUUACAUAAAAUUAGAAAUUAGCCCCUUUGAUAGGACGAUUAUCAUAUAGUCACGCAUGAAACCCUCUCCACUGACACCUCAAAUCUAAACUGCCAAUCUUUGAUAUUAAUGAAUCUUAAUAUAUUGCAUACUAUAGUCUGUAUUUCGUAUUUUAUAUGGAAAAAAAAGUUUAAUAUAAAAAUUUUCAUUGUUUCGAAAUUUUUCAUUUAUCAAAUGAGAAGUUAGCCAGCACUGACAGGAAUGAAAUUAUUAUAUGAGAUAUAAAGAAAGGAAUUCAAAUAGCUAAAACUGGAAGGAUUUUUGAAUGAAUUGAAGGAAUAAUUUGGGCACCAUGUGGGAAAUAUUUAAUUUCUAUUAUUCCAGCUGAAUCAUUUCAAUUAUGAAGUAUAGAUGAUACGAUCAAAGAAUAUAACGAAAGAAUAAUAAAAGAGAAAAAUGAAAAGUUGAUAGUGAACUUAAAAUUAGGAUGGACUUCGGCUAACAAUGAAGAUAUAUCUUUUAUAUAA